AUGGAGCCCGACUUGAGCGCCAGCAUCACAAAACACCCCCAUCCCUUCCGGCUCGAGCACUCGGCCCCGGCGAGCCGCUCAUCAUCGCGCACACCAGGCGCUCUGGACCGCAUCGAGCGCAGCACCGACCAAAACAAUGCCUCUAGUACGGGCGUUGAUUAUAAGCCCGAGGAAGACGAUGGUGCGGCCGUGGAGCGGCAUCAGGCGAUCCACCCCGCGAGCCCCAGCGAACAGAGCGCGCUGAGCAGCCAGACAGCCGGCCGGGUCACCGAUGUCGAAGGCCAGACGACGGUCGGUCCUGGUGGUGCCGGGCGUCUGCCGCAUGUCCUCGCCGAGAACGACCCAUAUGGCCUGUCGUCGGCCUACAAGACCGACAAGGAACUCGAACAAAUCCAGUCGACCCUUACGCAGAGGAAGAAUGCCGCCGGUGUAGGGAGCGGCGACGACGGCAGCGGUGGAAGCAGCCCCGGUGGCAAUACGAGAGCCGACGGGGGUGUCGUCAGCAGCAGCAGCAGCAGCAGCGGGGGACACGCCAAUGGCGCCAGCGGCCAGCAGAGGAGCAACCAGGGCUUGUUGGCACGGUGUUUGCCGAUCCCGUUUCCGUCCAUUCGGUUUCCCGGCAUGCCGUCGUUUGCGCGCCGCGCGCUCCAGAAGCGCAAGCUACAGGGCUUCUACAAGUCGCAGAACGCCACCAUCGAGAACAUGCUCAAGAGCGUCGAGGAGCACCAGGCCGAGGCCCGCCAGGAACACGGCGAUGACCAACUGCGCUACCGCAUCGCCGUGUACGGCUCGUUCGCGGCCAACCUGAUUCUGGCUGCGCUGCAAAUCUACGGCGCCGUGUCGUCCGGCUCGCUCUCGCUCUUCACGACCAUGGCCGAUGCCAUCUUCGACCCGCUCUCCAACGUCACCCUCAUUGUGUCCAACCGCGCCGUCAAGCGUGUCGACCCGGCGCGGUUCCCGUCCGGCAAGGCCCGCCUCGAGACUGUGGGCAACAUCGUGUUCUGCUUCCUGAUGACGGCCGUCUCCUUCAUUCUGAUUGCCUUUUCCAUUCGCGAGCUCGUCGAGGGCCGCUCCCCCGACGAGGGCGACACCAAAAAGUUCCACCUGCCGUCGGUGCUCGCCGUGGCCAUUGCGUUUGCCACGAAGCUCGCGCUGUUCUUUUACACCUGGGCCAUCAAGGACCGCUACAGCCAGGUCAACAUUCUGUGGCAGGACCACCGCAACGACCUGCUGAUCAACGGCUUUGGUCUGUUCACGAGUGUCGGCGGCAGCAAGCUCGUCUGGUGGAUCGACCCGGCGGGCGCCGUGCUGAUUGGUGUCAUUGUGUCCACCAUCUGGCUGCGCACGGCCUUUGCCGAGUUCCUGCUGCUCGUCGGCGUCGUCGCGUCCGUCGAGACGCAGCAGCUCAUCACCUACGUCUGUGUGACGCACUCGCCGGCCGUGCAGCAGAUCGACACCGUGCGCGUGUACCACUCGGGCCCGCGCCUGAUUGCUGAGGUGGACGUGGUGAUGCCGCAGGACGCGACGCUCGGCGAGACGCACGAUGUCGCAGAGGCGCUGCAGUCGAAGUUGGAGUGCCUGCCGGACGUGGAGCGCGCGUAUGUGCACGUGGACUACGAGACGACGCACAAGCCCGAGCACGCCUACAAGAAGGACCUGUGA